AUGCUGUCCUGGGCUGAGGCCACGUUCUCACGGGCACUGAAGAGGCUCUGCAAACCCCUGCUGGACCUGUGCAGCCUCUCGGCCAGGUGGCAAACGCUAGAGAAGGAACAUCGAAAUCGCUCAGUGGUGGUGACACUGCCACUGCUGCCUGCGGGGGACGAGCCCCUGGAUGUGGCCCAGGUGACCAGCUACCUGGUGGAGAAGCUGCUGCGGCCGCUCCGAGAGCUGUCUGGGGCUAACGUGCUGGCCGAGUACUACCGGCUCAGACGCCGCCUGCUGGAGGGCCCCUGGGAGUAUCAUGCCCUGGUAGCCGGGGCCCAGCACGUGGUGACCUUCGAUGGCCAGGUAUGGGACCUCAGCGCCCAGUGCGGCAGCAUCCUCCUGGCCCAGGACUUUGCUCACAACACAUUCUCGCUGACACUGAGUCGGACAGGCUCAGGGCUCACGGCCCUGUCCGUGGAGCUAAACCACAUGACCCUCGUCUUCUACCCCAGUCUGCAGGCCUACAGACUGUACAACUCCUCCGUGCCGGGGGAGAGCUGUCCGGACCUCAAGCUGCAUCCUACGACAAGGAGGAACAUCCCCAGGAUUGAGCUGGCCAGUGAGGACGGGGUCUCUGUCUCCUGUGACGUGCCCACCGGCCUCUGCAGCCUGACUCUGGGCCUCUGGCACCAUGGCAUAUCUGCUGGUCUUCUAGGCACCAAUGACAAUGAAGCAGGCAAUGAGCUGAUGUUGCCAGACGGCUCUGUGGCCCACAGCCUGGAGGAGCUCAGCCUGGCCUGGCAGGUGGGUGGUGACUGCAGGGCCACUAAGAAGAGUCAGCAGGCCUGCCGAGAACAGAGCCCCACCUGCCGGGCCUUCUUCGAGGACCCCCACUCCAGCUUGAGGAACUGCUUCUGGGUGGUAGACCCUACACCAUUCCUCAGCCUGUGUGUGCAGGACGGCUGUGGCACCCGGGAGCUCCAGCCUGCCUGCAACCUCGUGGCCGCCUACAUCCACCUGUGUGCCCGGGGCUUUGUGCCCCUGGCCCCUCCUCCACAGUGUGGGAACUCCAAUGAGGAAGAGAAAGUGGGGACCAUCGACUUCCGCAUCUCUGAAAACAACUUUGUAAAAGGCUCCAGGAUCCCCACCGGAGGGAGCCUUCGCCAGUUCACAACCAGUGCCACGGGCAGCUCCGACCCCUCCUGA